AUGGCAAGCAAAGGAAAGCCUACAAGCAGCCUAGCAAAGCGCAUCCAAAAGGAGUUGCGCGACCUGAAUGCAGACCCGCUGGGCAAUACAGUCUGCGGACCCAAGUCAGACGACAAUUUGCACAAGUGGGCAGCCACCAUCAUCGGACCAGAGGACUCGCCCUAUGCCGGUGGACACUUCAAUCUCGAUAUUGAGUUGCCCUCCACCUACCCCUUUAAGCCGCCCAAGAUUUGCUUCACAACAAGAAUCUACCACUGCAACGUGAAUAGCAAUGGACAAAUUUGUUUAGAUAUCCUCAAGGAUCAAUGGUCACCGGCAUUGACCAUUUCCAAAGUGCUUCUAUCCAUUAGCUCCCUCCUGACUGACGCCAACCCUGAUGACCCGCUCGUUGGUGAGAUUGCGCAGCUCUACAGGACGGAUCGCGCAGCACAUGACAAGACCGCAAGGGAAUGGACUCAGAAGUACGCCAAAGCGCCAUAG